ACAAGUACCAAUACCAUCACCCUCAUAAACUCACACAUAUAAUAACCUUCCAUCCAUUUUUCUUCUAAAAACAAGUUUUUGUUUUUUUAUCAUUUACAUCACAAUUAUAGGGUCAUCCCCAUUCUAACCAUAGUCACAACACUUUAAUUCAUUUUUAUGUUUUCUCAACACACAUGUCUUAGUUUCAUUGCUAUUUGCAAUAACUAAAAAACUUGUACAUAUUCAAGAAGAGACAGAGCAUUUAAAUCUCUCUCUUUCUCUUUCUCUUUCUCUUUCUCUUUCUCUCUCCCUCUCUCUCUCACCUAGUAGUAUACAUACACUACACAUAGACAUGGUUCUUCUUCAACCUACACCUUAAAAUCAACAAAUUCCUUUGUUUGUCUCUCUAUGUUUGUUAGAAUCAAACAUAGACAUAGUGAUAUCUAUUUCAUUGUCUUGCAUUUUGUUCUGUUUUGAAUGAAACAGAGUACUCUGUUUCAUCUCCUUUGUGAUGAGGUAUAUUAGGACAAACAGCUUCAAGAGACUCUUCUCAUUCAAAAAACAUUCUUUAGAGAAAGAAAAUGAUAACACCUUGAAGAUUCUUCCAUAUGAAGAACAACAUUUUCAAAAACCCACUUGGAAAUGUUUCUCUUAUGAAGAAUUAUUUGAUGCCACCAAUGGCUUCAACUCAGAAAACAUUGUUGGAAAAGGAGGGUAUGCAGAAGUAUACAAAGGAACAUUGAAAAAUGGAGAAGAAAUAGCUGUGAAGAGAUUAACAAGAACUUCAAGAGAUGAGCGAAAAGAGAAAGAGUUUUUGACAGAGAUUGGAACAAUAGGACAUGUUCGUCAUUCAAAUGUAUUGUCUCUACUAGGUUGUUGUAUUGACAAUGGACUUUACUUUGUUUUUGAGUUAUCCACAACAGGUUCUGUUUCAUCUAUUCUUCAUGAUGAAAAGAUGGAUCCUUUAGAUUGGAAAACAAGGUGUAAGAUAGUUCUUGGGACGGCGCGUGGACUUCACUACUUGCAUAAAGGUUGCAAGAGGAGAAUAAUUCAUAGAGAUAUCAAAGCAUCAAAUAUUUUGUUGACCAAAGAUUUUGAACCACAGAUAUCUGAUUUUGGAUUAGCAAAAUGGCUUCCAUCUCAAUGGACUCAUCACUCAAUUGCUCCAAUAGAAGGAACAUUUGGACAUUUGGCACCAGAAUACUAUUUGCAUGGAGUUGUGGAUGAGAAAACAGAUGUGUUUGCAUUUGGUGUUUUCUUGCUUGAAGUCAUUUCUGGUAGGAAACCUGUUGAUGGGUCUCAUCAAAGUUUACAUAGUUGGGCUAAACCAAUUUUGAACAAGGAUGGCAUAGAAGAGUUGGUAGAUGCAAGGCUUGAAGGGACUUAUGAUGUGAACCAGUUAAAGAGAUUUGCCUUUGCUGCAUCUCUUUGUAUUAGGGCAUCUUCCACUUGGCGACCUAACAUGACUGAGGUAUUGGAAAUAAUAGAGGAGGGAGAGAUAGAGAUAGAUAAAGAGAAAUGGAAAAUGCCAGAGGAAGAAGAAGAACAAGAAGAUGAGUUUUGGGGGUUUGAGGAUUUGGAAUAUGAAUAUGAUACUUCAUUUUCAAUGUCUUUAAUUGAUUCAAUUGAAAGUAAUUAAUUUAUUUAUUUAAUUAGGUGCAUUUAGUUUUCAAGUUGCAUGUGUUUUUAUGUAUAUAUACUACUACAAGUCUUAAUUUUACACAUGAAAUAAAAUAAAAUUAAGGGGUUAAUUAUGUUUAUUAGUGUGUUAAGUUAAGUAACUACUCCUAUCUAAUCAAUUUAUAUGAUAUAGUAGUUUUGUUUUUGUAUUUUUGUGUAUGUAUACAUGUGUGGAUGUGGAUGUGAAGUUAUUAUGAUAUGAUUGAACUUUUGUGAUUCAUAUUUUAUGUCGGCAUAGGAAAUUGGGUACAAAAAAUGUGCACUCAUUUGCUCUGCUAAUUACUCAUGGAUGUUAAGUCUUUAUGUAAAACAAGAAGAGAAAGUUGGGUACAAAAAUGGUCAACUCAAUUAUGCAUAUUUGACAAAUAAUA